AUGGCUCGGAAAGAGAAACCUUCGGAGGAAAGUUGCGAAGCUGCUUGGAAACGUGGAUGUUCAAUGAAGAUGCUUGACGUACUCUACGAUCCGGCAUGGACUUCACAGUUCUACUGGCUACUUAUCGUAGCCUUUGUGUUCGCCUUCUCCGUUUCCUUUGGAAUGGGAGCAAAUGAUUCGUGCAACGAUUGGGGUCCUGCCGUAGGCGCUGGUACAGUGAAAUUAUGGCAAGCGUACAUCCUUUGCGGUAUCUUCAACACCAUCGGAGCCAUUCUCUUAGGAUACAAAGUUACCGAAACUCUUCGGUCCGGUAUCGUCGAGGUGGAAGUUUUCGACGUCUACUCCGCCUUUAACCAUACUACCGGGAAAUAUGAAGUGGUUCCGCAUUGUGAUGGUGCAGUCGCUACAGGUGGAUUCGCUCCUCCGUCACUUUUAAAUGGAACAGCCGAAGUGGAAUGUGCUAAGUAUACUGCGGCCGAGUUCAUGAUUGGGCAGACUGGAGCAAUGGCCGGUGUUGCUGCGUUCAUGAUUGUCUCAUCGGUGUACAAAAUCCCCGUCUCAGCCACUCAUGCGAUAGUUGGCGCUUCACUAGCCUCUUCACUGUACUUACGGGGUAACGUUGGAAUAAAAUGGUCUGAGAUUGGUGGGAUCGUGAUGUCCUGGUUCAUUUCUCCCCUCAUUGCCGGUUUCUUCGCCUCACUCUUCUAUCUAAUCAUCAAGUACUCGGUUCUACUCCGGAAAGACACGUUCAAAUGGGCUUUGAUUAUGUGCCCUGUGUUUAUGUGCUUCACCAUAACCGUCAAUCUUUUCGCUUGCAUCUUUGAUGGAUCAAAAUAUCUUGGAUUCGAUCGUCUUUCAUGGUGGCAAGCAGGUCUGAUUUCCCUGGCUACUGGUCUCGUUGCUAUGUUCCUUCUAUCUUGUCCACUAAAGAGUUGGCUCAGCAACCGAGCACAUCGCCUAUACGAUGAGGAGCAAGCAAAGGCUCAAAAGAAGUUGGAACAAGGGAAAUGUAAAGUAAGCAAAAUUACUGACAUGCGAACUCCUACAACUGAUAUGGAGAAACUUCGUGACCUACCUUGGUACAAAUACCUCUACACCGCCGUUCCCGAAGAAAGGCUUACCACUAAAGUCUUCAACGCGCUCCAAAUUGUCUCCUCUUCCUUACUCUCUUUCUCCCAUGGCGCCAAUGACACUGCUAACACUGUUGGGCCACUCCUAGCUGUAUGGAUGACCUACCAGACAGGUUACGCAUUCGGAGCAGCUGAGACCCGCGAUGAUUCUCAGGUGUUACUCGCUUUUGGUGCAGUAGCUAUGAUUGUUGGUUUCCUAGCCCUCGGUCAUCGUACAAUCAAGCUCAUCGCCAAAGAGAUUACUGUCGAUAUGAGCCCUGUGUCAGGAUUUGCUAUCGAGCUCGGCACCGCAUUCACUGUGUUGGUUUGCGUGAAAAUUGGGGUCCCAAUAUCUUCAACACAUUGUGCCGUAGGUGCUGUAUUAUUCGUUGGAAUGACGAAAUCCACCACCGAAGGCGUAUCGUUCAAGACGUUCAGAAAAAUCUGUAUUGUAUGGCUUUUAUGUUUUCCAAUUGCUGCAAUUAUAUCACUUCUUGUCACGAUGGUAUUAGUUCGAUUUGUUUGA